AUGGCUUCCGUCACGGGUCUACUACUUGCCGGCAUUGGGCAUGUGACCGACCCUCCAGAUUCACAGCGAAACUUCGUCGUCGUGGACUCCAAAACCGAAACCGCCGCCAUUGAGAAGGCAUUUCAAAACUUCACACAAGAAAGGAAGGACAUUGGUGUUUUGCUAAUAAACCAACAUAUCGCGGAGCGAAUACGGAACAGCGUUGACAACUUCACCGAAGCCUUCCCUGCUGUCCUGGAAAUACCGAGCAAGGACCAUCCAUAUGACCCGGAAAAGGACAGCGUGCUACGGCGCGUGAGAAGGUUGUUUGGCGAGUAA